GACCGCCGGUUCGUUACCAUUAAAUUGUGAGGAACAUCCUCGCUCAUCCCGGUUAGAGAGGGUUUUUAGUUUCACUAUGCUACUGGAAGCUCGAAGGGCAAUCGCGCGCUGUUCUAGUGUAUUGGCUUUGUGAAUCUGUGAGACAUGACAACUGUCGGAACCUUGAACCAGCAUUGCUUCAACCGAACAUAAAACCUAUAAUCAACCACCACCGGUAGUGACCAUGGCCAUCAAACGACAUCCGUGGAAAAUCGAAAGAACAUAUGUACGAACAAGCGCAGCCCAUACCGUAUGAUAUCAAAAAGUGCUUCCGAGUGUGACCGAGUUCGUAAAUAAAUCCCGUUUUCAUCCUUGUUGUUCGCCCGGCUUAACAGAUCGAUAAGGAUUUUAAUUUAAAAUUAGCACCCCUUGAUCUGCGGGACACGUUUGUUGGUACGCUGCCAGCCAGCUCGACGUCGAAUUGAUUGGCCGGUUGCAUAGGCAUCCAGUUGUGCAAGCUGGACAAACAUCGAAAUCAGGCGAUUCCACCACGACCACCGUCCUACGUGCGAAAAUGAAAGUGUUCGAUAUAAUGGGCGGGAAAACGACGUCACUGGGCGGUGGUGCUUCGCAUCCGUUGGACUUCAACUGGUCCUCCGAUGUGGUCAACGUCCAGGUCGAAGGUGAACCCAUACAGGAGCUGGUAUCGUCGAAGAAGUUGGCCACGACCACGCGGCUGAUGGGGAAGGAAAUCAUCUCGAGACGUUCGUCGCCCUCGAUUGCCAACUCAUACUCGCGGCCGUCGAACAAUUCGGAUAUACUGGCCCCGGAGCGGAACCAGCGGGUGACCAUGUACGGGUGCGUCAUGUUCAAUCCGAACUCAAGGAAAGGCCGUCGGUUGUUUAUGUGCCAUAUGCUGGUGGUGCUGCUGGUCCCGAUCCUGGCCGUGGUCCUGCAAAACAGUGUCAACCUCCAACAGCAAGUGACGAAAUACGAGACGACGAAACGUGUCGAGGAAGAGAUCCGAAUGACCAUCAACAUGACCGAACUGGUGCGGGUCGUGCAGAAUGAGCGUAAACUGUUGAGCUACUUUGUGCUGACCCGGAAAAACCGGGCCGCCGUGGAGCAGGCCUUCGUUGAGACGGAUCGAGUGCUGAGUGGGCUGAUUGCGCUGAACCAGCAGUGGGAUAUCGAGUUCAACGGGAGCUCCAACCAGACCAUCGAAGGGGAUUUAAGCGAAACCAGGAAUUUAUUAUUAAGAACGGACUCCCCAGCGGAGGAUACCAACGCUUCGAUAGCGACGUACUUCGAGCCCUACAACGAGCUGAACCGGCACAUGAUCGACCAGAUCAGCCAGAGCGUUGGAUUUUCGCUGAGUGGACAUAUCUGGCGACAGCUCGUUGUGUACAAGAACAUAAUCGAAGCCAUAGAGAACAUCAACAUAGCGGCCAUCUUGGUGCUGCAGUUCAUCAAACGAAGUCGACUGGGGUUGGACGACUUUGCGCAGUUCGUUCGCAGGGAUGCGGCAGCCAUGGAUCACCUAAGGUCUGCGGAAAACUUUAUGGCUAAUUUAGAACUCACGAAGACUAAGGAGUACGCCAUCUUGAGCAAGUGGCGCCAUCAGGUUCUGACGAACACGUCUUCCGCUGGGCGUGAAGAAGGCCUUGCCGAAUACUACCAAUCGGUUAACAAGUUCAUCCAGGAUAUGAUCGUGCAUCAGAAUUAUCUGCAGAUAAAGAUUUUCGAAACGGUUGAUCAGGAGAUGCGAGACGCCAGGCUGUACCAGACGAUCUCGAUCGUUCUCGUAUUGUUGAUCAUCGUCAUCAGCCCGAUUCUGGUAAUUCUGGUUCGAAACGCUACGGAUACAAUUCAGGACUUUUCCAAGGAGCUAGUCACCCGAACCCUGGAACUUCGCUGCGAAAAGAGCAAAUCCGAUCGGCUACUCUAUCAGAUGCUUCCGCCGGCGGUCGUCCGUCAGUUGAAGCAGCAGCGUCAGGUCCCGGCGGAAACCUUCGAAUCCGUAACGAUCUUUUUCAGCGACAUCGUCGGCUUCACGUACAUUUCGGCCGUCAGCUCCGCCAUGGAGGUGGUCACCAUGCUGAACACCCUGUACCGACUGUUCGACACCAUCAUUUUGAAGUAUGACGUCUACAAAGUGGAAACGAUCGGCGACGCGUACAUGGUCGUGUCGGGACUGCCUCAACGUAAUGGAGACAAGCACGCAGGGGAGAUCGCCAUGAUGUCGUUGGAUUUGCUGUGCGGAAUCUCCGGAUUCAUCAUACCGCACAUGAAGAACCGGACCCUGGAGAUCCGGGUGGGCGUCAAUACGGGACCUUGCGUGGCCGGAGUGGUCGGCACGACCAUGCCCCGGUACUGCCUGUUUGGGGACACGAUCAACACCGCGUCCAGGAUGGAGUCCACGGGGGAACCCAUGAAAAUUCACCUCUCGCAGAAUACCAAAGAGAUCCUGGACAGGCUCGGUGGGUUCAAGAUCAAACGCCGGGGGACCAUCGAAGUCAAGGGCAAGGGAACGAUGGAAACCUUUUGGUUGGUGGGUCAUACCAUCUAUGAACACCUUUCGCCGGAUACGGUCAUUCCGAUCUACAAACCGGAUGUGGUAACGGAGCCAGACUUUUUGCAGAUCAUCUACUGAUUAACCGCCGCCGGCGAUGACCCAGUUUUGUGAGGUCAUGGGCUGAAUCAUCCUUCACGAUCAGGAUCGUGCAAAAAUCUAUCUAUUUUGAGUGAAUAAGUGGAUGGAAAGAAAUUUAUUGUCAAUCUGAUGGAUGUUUAUCGAUGUGUGAGUGUGAGUGUGCUGUUUCCCUAACGAUGAUUCUAUAGAAAACGUUAUAUGUAAUGAAUAGAAAGCACAGAUUUUGACAGUGGGUCCAAAACUAUCUGCUUGAGCUUGAGGUUAAUCUUGAUUGAUCGCCCGUAGUAGCUUCUCCAGUGUCGCCAGAUCAGUUACACUUACACAAAGAACCAAUCCGAUUACUGCUUCGGACUAACAAGCAUCUUUAGUGUGUAAGUGUUAGUGAUCUUCUGUUUCCAGGCGAGUGUUUGGGGCAUGGCUGUUUGGCAGUGGUUCACUUUGGUGCGUGGAACUGCCGUUUGGAAGGCAUUGUAUGUUGAGAUUACUGUGAAGAUAAUGCGGCUGAGUUCGCGGGUUACCGAUUUGCAAGCGUAAGGUUCAUAUAGAUUGAUUAUAUUGUGAUGUGAAGUUGGAAGAAAGGGAAACGGCUUCAACCCGUUUCUGGUUCAAGCUAUGGCUAUGAACAUAUGAAUCUACUCUACAUAAGCUGUACAUGUAGAGAAAAGGGAGAAAGUAGAUAGGAAGUAGCAAAGUAGGAUGAAAUGGAUUGAAUCCCGGACUUUCUGCAUACAAAUCAGAAGCAGUAGCCAUAAUUGAUGGUCGAUUUCUUAUUAGAGGGUCCAAAACUACCUAUUUGAAGAAGCCGUAUUUUAUGUAGUUCCUUGAAUGGCUGUAGUAGUAUUAAAUACAUAUGUCAUGCUAUGUUGUUAUGAAAAA